AUGUAUGCUACUUUUGAGAAUUUACUUCAACAGGUUAUGAGCCAUUUUUUGGACUUUGAUGUUACUGAGCUGGAUAAGCUCCGUGGUAUUGAUAACUACAAAAUCUGGGCUGCUAUGGUAAACUCCAGACUGCUGGACCUUGACUGUCACUUAGAUCUAUAUCUAAGUAAUGUGGAAAUUCCUGGUGUUAGUGAGUUUACUGACACUGAACGGAAUGUGAUUAGACUUAAAUUUGAUCUGAUUCUUGACAAGCUUUUGAAAAAGUGCAUUACGUCUGCUGUUUAUGCAACGUACUGUACUAAACGUGGUUUACGUGGACUUAGCUUAUGGCAUGCUCUUUUCACCGACUUUGGAACUAUUUCUGUUAAGCAGCAUUUAGAACUCCAUUCCACGUUAACUCGUCAGCUUUUUGAUUCUACUGUAUCACUUGCUGAUAAGAUCCAGCUUCUUGAAGAUGCUGACCUGGACCUCCUUCCUUUAGAUGAGGGCCAGCGAAUUAUCUUUUUCCAUAGUUGUGUGAAUAACAGCACUGUUAAGAAUGCUAUUGUUCGUCUUGACGAGUACGUUCCUUCCCGNCUUAACUGGUUUGCUUUGAAAGAUGGGAUCUCUGAGAUCCUCCAUGAGGCAAGCCCUGCUGUAUCUGAUGAGUCUAGCAUGGCUCUUACUGUCCUGCAGCGAACUCCUCGAAGAAUCACCAUCAAGUCUAAGUUGACUUGUUUUAAAUGUGGUGGCAUUGGCCACAAACUGAAUGUUUGUCCUUCUCGAAGUGAUGACGAAUAUCGAAAUCUGCACCCGCCGAAACUGCUGAAUAAACCUAGUUAUUGUGUGUCCUAUGAUGAUGAGAGACGUAGAACCCCUCCCAACAAUGCGUUGUGUGGGCUUGGGUACUUGGUCCACAAUCCUCGUCUGCAUACUGCAGCCUUUGCAGACUCAGGCGAUCUGCAAUCUUCUGUCUCUGCAUCCCAUGGUUGUGCAGCUUCUCCUGAUAGCCAUAGUGAUGGCUUCCUUCUUGAUUCUGGUGCUUCUGUUCAUAUUACACAUCAGAAGGACUUACUCCAUGAUUUUAAUCCUGAUACCUCCGGUACAAUUGCUGGCCUUGACCCUGCUACCACGUUCAAGGUCCUUGGUACUGGUACAUUGAAAUUUACGUUACCUGAUGGUUCGAUACUCCCUGUCAANGAUGUGNAGUAUGUUCCGUCCUGCGGUCGUAAUUUACUUUCGAUCAGCCGUGCGAUUGCCAAAGGUGCAACCUUUCACUUCUUACCGGGUCGUGUUGUUGACCUCCGCUUAG